CAGUUCCGCUGCUCUUCCUGCUGGAGCCCAGCGCGGAAAAGAGACGAUAAACAAAAAAAUACCCGAAAAAUCACAAAAGCGACCACAACAAUGUGUGAAAACAUGGAUUAAUAAACGGAGGAUUCAGUUUGAGGAGGGAUUAAAGCCUCGACGGGAGUCAGAAGCGGGAGAAAACAAGCCCUGCGCGGCUUUCAAACAUUAGAUUUCCAGUUAGCGCUAGCUUAGCGUUAGCCUAGCUUUACAUAGCUGCUGCUAGCAAGCAGAGAGAGAGAGAGAGACGGAGAGAGAGAGAGACAGGAGGAAGGGGUGAAAGGGACGACAGAGAGCUAAAAAACCACGAGAAGCGCCCCUGCAUGUCCUCUCUGUGGGGUUUAAAGUUAAACAGGUCGUUGUUUGUAACAGAAGCCGCUUAACUUGUGGAGGGCCGGUUCCAGGUAGUUGUUAGGAAAGUUAACUCCACAGUCCGGACGGAGGCCUGCUGAUAUAAACGACGCUGCAUGUGUCCGGAGUGUCAAGGAGAUAAACAAUCAAAUUAAGCCCGAAUAGAGGAGAAGAUGUCGGCCCAGGCGCAAAUGCGAGCCAUGCUGGACCAGCUGAUGGGCACCGGCCGGGACGGAGACACCAUGCGCCAGAGGAUCAAAUUCACAGAUGAAAGAGUGUGUAAAAGUCAUCUACUGGAGUCCUGCCCUCAUGACAUACUUUCAGGAACGCGUAUGGACCUGGGGGAGUGUUUGAAGGUUCAUGAUCUGGCUUUGAGGGCAGACUACGAGAUCGCCUCCAAACAUCAGGAAUACUUCUUUGAGCUUGAUGCUGCAGAGCACUUGCAGUCGUUUAUAGCAGACUGUGACCGAAGGACCGAAAUGGCCAAGAAACGGUUGGCCGAGACACAGGAAGAGAUCAGCGCAGAGGUCGCUGCGAAGGCGGAGCGGGUUCACGAGCUGAACGAGGAGAUAGGAAAGCUGCUGGCUCGAGCGGAGCAGCUGGGAGGAGAGGGAAACGUGGAGGAAGCCCAGCAGCUCCUGGAGAAAGUGGAGAAAACACGAGCCCUCAAAAAAGAGGCUGAGGACAUAUACAGGAACUCCAUGCCUGCCUCCAGCUUCCAGCAGCAGAAGCUGAGGGUGUGUGAGGUCUGCUCCGCCUAUCUCGGUCUCCACGACAACGACCGUCGCCUCGCUGACCACUUUGGUGGGAAACUGCAUCUGGGCUUCAUCGAGAUCCGGGAGAAGCUGGAGAAACUGAGGAAAGCAGUGACAGAGAAGCAGGAGCGAAUGAGGAUGAGGCGAAGGGAGGAGAGGGACCGAGAGGAGAGAGCGGAACGAGAGAGGGAGUGGGAGAUGGAGAGAGAGAGGGAACGUGAACGGGAGAGAGAAAGGGAGAGAGAGCGAGAGAGGGAAAGGGAGAGAGAGAGAGACCGCCGAAGGUCGAGAUCUAGAAGUGGGGACAGAUACAGGGAUGGAGGGAGCUCCUCUCAUCGCUCUCGGCGGCACCGCUCAUCUCGUUCCCGGGACAGGGAGAGGGAGAGGGAGAGGAAACACAGACACAAAGAACGACACCGCUCUCGUUCGCACUCGCACAGGAGGAAGAAGAAAAGGUCCUCACACACCAGAGAACAGGAGCACACUGUGUCACAGGAGCGAUGGAGGGAGUAUCCAGGAGAGGACAGAUGGAGGGACGAUGGACGGAGGGAUGUGGAGAGAGAGCUGGGCGAGAGAGAGCGGUCGCCCCCUUCAUCCCCCGAGACAGGCAGACUGAGGGGAAUAGAGAGAUCCGUCUCGCUGGAGAGAGAGAAUCGCUCCAGCUCUGAGGAGAGAGAGUCGGGAGAGAUAUAGAAUAGACAGGAGAGAGAGAGAGAGAGAGAGAGAGAGAGAGAGAGAGAGAGAGAGAGUUAUACUUUUACAUGGCUUCCUGCCCAUGUUCUUGGUUUCUGUGUAUUUAGCUGAUCUGUCAGUCUCUGGAUGGGCUUAACCAACAAAAUAGCAUCAACUGCCAAUUAACAGUGUACACCGGUCCUGUCCAGGCUCCACCCACAAAUGCAUUAUUUCGUAUGCAACUGUUCCCAGAUUGGACGAGAUUUACAGAACGUUGACAUUCCCAUUGAACCCCGUGAGAAACAGUGUCACACUUUGUUUAGUGUUGCUGCAUAAAGACAACACUGAGUGUGUUUACAUGCAUGUAACAAUCCAGUAACUGCAGAAAAUUCGAUUUUGUCAGUAAUCCGAUCAACGCGUUUACAUGACCUGGACCUAAUCAGAUGGGAUAAACUCCAGGUCUACAUGAGUCAGGCAGUAAUCGCAUUUCUGCUUCACAGCCAGCCAGUAAAAUCACAGAAGACGACGUGACGUAACUAAAUGUAACUAAAGUCAAACUUCAUGCUGCAGCUUUUUUUUUUUUUUUUUUUUUAACGUUGCGUCGCUUUACCUGGAAAUAUCUAGAACAUAGAGGAUAUUUAAAUCCUUAAUUUCAUCAAGCUUAUAGUUGUUUUCAGCUUUACUCCAAAAGUGUUUUGCUGUCAUCUGGUGGCAACGCUACUUGCUUAUCUGGUCUGUUUUCACGCAUGCUCAGAAUGAGAAAGCUGAGAGAAAUCAGAGUAAGAGCUUGCAUGCACCGGGAGAUCUGAUUACCAAGCUGAAAUCCUGCCUCUAUCAGAUUUCUUAAUCGGAUUAGUAGAUCGGAGUGUGUUUACAUGACCGAUCGAAUAUUCAGGUCAAGGCAGAAAUCUGACUCUGAUUGGAUUAUUGAGUGCAUGUAAACAUAUUCUGUGACAUUCUGACACCAAUUUUCACAUCAAAAUUUAUACAUUUUGCCACGUUGUUCAUUCGUUUUUCCUUUUUUGCAGAAAAGCCCAAACAAACAGGCAGAAUGUUUUCCAGUGGCAAAAUAGGAAGGGUUAACAUUGAUCUACUUUCCAUUUCGCAGCUGCAUUCAUGCAUUCUGAGCUCACAUUCAUGAGCUCAGAUUUCAUGGAUCUCUGUCACUCAGUUUGAGCAGCUUUUUGGACAUCCAGCUCUGCGUAUCGCAAAGCAGAAGAUUAAAGCUUUUAAUAUUUGUCAGAAAGUACUGGUUGCUGGUUCAUCAUCCUGGUUGGUGCCAUGCUGGCAUCAGAGAUGACAGUAAUGGGUGAAGUGAGCUCCUAUCGCCUGUGAUUUACAAAAAUUGCGAUAGUGGGCAAAGAAAAUACUUUUGUGUUUUCAGUAUCGAUUGGUAUCCAUUAACCUGGCAACAGCUGCUGCAAAAGAAUGUUUGGUGUGCGUAGAUUGGAUGAUUCAAAUUACAGUCUGAAUUGAAUGUGCUCAGCCAGUUUUAAGUCUGUUAAGUCUAAGUCUAGUUUUAGUCGGUUUCACCACCAAGCACGUUUAAAGCUGAGGCUAAAAGCCAGUCUGGCUCAGGGAAAGCUGUCCUGUAGGUUUCAGACUGACCGAUACGUCUGAUUUCUUUGAAAUUUACUAAAUAUACUGCCAGUUUCUGAUACAUGGAUGAAGUUUAGGUUUAGACUGAAUUGCAAUGCCGAUGGUGAGUCACCAUUGACGUUUUUUUUAGUCUGUUUAGGCCUAAUGAGGCUCCAGGAAACUGGCUCACAGACCGACAUAUAAAUCUCGUUUCUCUCAGUUUGAUUAUGUAUACUGCCAGUUUUAGCAGGUCGCCAUUUAAAAUCUAGACUUGGGACUAAUCUGUGUUGGAGGACCUGGUCCAUUCCUGGCAGAUAGAUCUGAUUGUUCUGCCUCCACAUAUCUAGAGUUCUAGUGUUUACAGUAGAAGGAAGAUCUCAUCCAAUCUGAGGUUUUCAGUGGAAGCUUGGACCAUAUUCUCUUGGUGAUCUAGUUAAAAAAAAAUAUACAUACCUCAACAGAGUCCCUUCUAAUCCAGACCCAAUUCUUUCCUUUAGCCUGCCAAGCCCUGUUAUACGUAGUAAACAUAUCACGGUCCCAUCCAAAUCAGUUUUUUGUUGUUUACGUCAUUCGAAUGGUCCAAAAUGACCAUUUCUAUAAUGUACAUUACAGUAAAGGACAUUUUUACUUUUUUCUAUAAUGUUACCAUGUUGAGGUUUUGUUACCACAGGUCAGUUAAGUUGUUAGGCAUCGGGACAGGACUGAGUAUUUGAAGAAUUGCUUCGCCAACAAUAUAUAUUUUAUUUUUUUUACUCUCACCCCAAAUAUGGUCAUUUGGCCAGGACAUGUUUGGUGUUUCAUGUCAUGCUAUGAGCUGAGUGUCCGGCUUUCUGGGUGACCUGUUUCAUUACCCUCGUUGCUCCACUAAGGAAGCAAACUUCAGACACCAAACUUGUCCUGGUCCAACGACUUUCGCUUGGUGGGGCGAAUCGUGGAAUUUCAAUUUUUAUAUCUGCUCCUGUAACAUUUUGCCCAUCUAGCGAGUCAUAAAUCAGUGGACGCAUGUUGAAUAUGGAAAGGAAGCUAGUCAAAAGUUGAAGUGCGUGUGAAUGAGAGAGGUUAAGAUAGGAACAUUCGGUGGAACGGUGGGCGCCUCGAUAAAGCGACGGUUCUCGAGCAUCUUGCGCAUUCAGAAAUGGAGGAACCCAACCAAAGGAGUCGGACACGCCCAGCCCGUUUCACUUCAUGUUACAGCGAGUUACUAGAGGAAUAAAACAUGGGAGAGAGGCGGAGCUACCACCGAAGCUGUGUAUUUUCUUUCAAAACAACCCAGUGGUGGAUUUUUUUUUUUUUUUCCCUCCUUUUUGUUAUUGUUAUUGAACAUUGACUAUUGAUCAUCACUGUUGGUGAUGUUUAUGCAGCUACUAUGAGGCUGGGGUCAUUUGUUAGCGAGCUGACCGGUUCGUUUAUAAGAAGGCUCUUAUUUUCAGGUGUCACCUUAACUGUGAGUGCCUCCCUUAAAGGAAUAGUUCACUGGGUGAAAGUAAAGGGCAGUUUCACCAGUAUCAAAAUUUAAUAUUCAGUUGUUGGGAUGGAAAGUCUUUCAGAGUGGUUUGAUGUAAAAUGGUACGUUGUAGAGACUCCAGACGUCAGUGGUGGUGAUGGGAACCAGGAGCCAUGACGUCAACAACAUGCAUAUAGUCAUUUUAUUUACUGUCCAAAACCACCAGUGAAUCUACGUGUCUACCGAGUGUUUAUUUGUAAUGAUGAUAAAAUGUGAUAAAUGUAAAAAUGUUUCUUUUGGGACUAUUUUGUCUUACAGUGCCCUUCAUGUAUCCCUCCACCAUGAAUGUAUUUUAAAAAACACAGUCUAGGUUGGAGGUUUUAUUGUGGAACUAUAAUAAAAGUGUCUCAGACAUCAGCCAGUGCGUUCAUAACCAUCUCAUUUAAUAAUCUGUGAAGGAGCAUUAAACUCUUCAGACGUCUGGUUCCUACCACCACCACUGUGAACAGUUCUGACUCUAGAACAGAGCAUUUCACACCAGAUGUGUUUACAUCUUGAUCAUUUAAUUAUAUAUUUUGGAAAGUUGCCUUUGAACAGCAUUGCUAAACGUGUAGAAGACCAAACUUUUGGCCUAAUUUCCAUUUAAAAUGAGACAAAACGAGUACAAACCAGUCAGGAACUAGGCAGUCAUCACUUCCCCACGUAGUGAGUGAUGCUGUUGAUGAAUGUGGAUAUAAUUUCCCUUUUGCUUCGCUCGUUAACUGCGUGGUUCCAGUUUCAUAGUGCACAUCCAGUAUGGUUUAGUUUGAAAGCGGAAAAACUUGAGUUUACGAAUUCAUUGCUACGUACACAAAAGACUCGAGCAGCGAUUUACUGUGAAUGCAAAAGAGACGACGCCACUUCCUUCCAGGCAUAUUUGUACAUUUGGUUACAUCGCAAGGCAACCAUUUCUCUUCUUGUUAACGUGUGCAGAACUUAUCAAAACUUUUUUCUUUUUUCCUUUUAAUUUGCUGUGUUAGAAGGUUAUCUCAUCCUUCCUGUCAAAUCCUAUGACAUUUAAUAAACCAGUCUGAAAAGUCCAUGUUCAAAAGAA